AUGAGCCUCCACCUGCCUUUCUGGGGAGGCAACUUCGCCACCAUCAUCAGCGCCUACGCUCCGACGAUGACCAACCCCGACGCCGUCAGAGACAAAUUCUACGAGGACCUGCACGCCCUCUUGGCGACUGUGUCGAAGGCGGACAAGUUGAUUGUCCUUGGUGACUUCAACGCCCGCGUCGGCACAGACCAUACUGCCUGGGGAGGAGUGCUGGGUCCCUACGGUCUCCGCGGCUCCAACGACAAUGGUCUGCUGCUUCUCCGCACCUGCGCAGAACACCGCCUCCUCCUGACGAACACGUUCUUCUGUCGGCCGGAGCGAGAGAAGGCCACCUGGAGACAUCCUCGGUCGCGCCAGUGGCACCUGCUGGACUACGUCCUCGUCCGGAGGCGAGAUCAGCGGGACAUGCUGGUGACGAAGGCGAUCGCAGGUGCUGACGAGUGGACAGACCAUUGCCUCGUCAUCUCGAAGAUGCGUAUUCGCCUACAGCCUCGCAGGAGACUACAAGGUAAGCGACUCCCAGGUAAGCUGAAUGUUGCCUUGUUGUCUUUGCCCGCUCAGCAUCUUCAUUUCAGCAAUGAGCUAGCUCAAAGGCUAGACAACCUUCCUAUCGCUGCCGCCGACGACGCCGCCGCUGCCGAGAACGCCUCCGUGGAGAACCGCUGGUGUCAACUGCGAGACACGGUCCAGUCGACGGCGCUCGCCGUCCUCGGUCGCGCUCCCCGCCAACACCAGGACUGGUUCGACGACAAAGACGCCGCCAUCAGAAAUCUGCUAGCUGAGAAGAACCGCCUACACAAAGCCUACGUAGAUCACCCCACUGAUGCCACCAAAGCUGCCUUCUACCGCAGUCGCCGCCAACUUCAGCAAAGACUGCGCGAGAUGCAGGACGCCUAG